AUGGGUCGACAGAAGGAGCUGGUGAACCGCUGCGGGGAGAUGCUCCACAUCCGCUACCGGCUGCUCCGCCAGGCGCUGGCCGAGUGCCUGGGAACCCUCAUCCUGGUGAUGUUCGGCUGCGGCUCCGUGGCCCAGGUUGUGCUCAGCCGGGGCACCCACGGCGGUUUCCUUACCAUCAACCUGGCCUUUGGCUUUGCCGUCACCCUGGGCAUCCUCAUCGCUGGCCAGGUCUCCGGGGCCCACCUGAACCCUGCGGUGACCUUUGCCAUGUGCUUCCUGGCGAGAGAGCCCUGGAUCAAGCUGCCCAUCUACACCCUGGCCCAGACCCUGGGAGCCUUCCUGGGCGCUGGGAUCGUGUUCGGGCUGUACUAUGAUGCCAUCUGGGCCUUUGCCGACAACCAGCUUAUAGUCUCGGGCCCCAACGGGACCGCUGGCAUCUUUGCUACCUACCCUUCCGGACACUUGGACAUGGUCAAUGGCUUCUUCGACCAGUUCAUCGGCACCGCCUCCCUCAUCGUGUGCGUGCUGGCCAUUGUGGACCCCUACAACAACCCCGUCCCCCGGGGCCUGGAGGCCUUCACCGUGGGCCUGGUGGUUCUGGUCAUCGGCACCUCCAUGGGCUUCAACUCCGGCUACGCUGUCAACCCCGCCCGGGACUUCGGCCCCCGCCUCUUCACCGCCAUCGCCGGCUGGGGCUCGGAGGUGUUCACGACCGGCCGCCAGUGGUGGUGGGUGCCCAUCGUCUCCCCGCUCCUGGGCUCCAUCGCGGGCGUCUUCGUGUACCAGGUCAUGAUCGGCUGCCACCUGGAGCAGCCGCCACCCUCCACCGAGCAGGAGAACGUCAAGCUGGCCCACGUGAAGCACAAGGAGCAGGUCUGA